AGCUCAUCACUGUGACAGCCAUGGAGAAGAAGCUGAUUGGUUGCCCCGUGUGCAUUGAGCACAAGAAGUACAGUCGCAAUGCCCUCCUCUUCAACCUGGGCUUUGUGUGCGAUGCCCAGGCCAAGACCUGUGCCCUGGAGCCCAUCGUGAAAAAGCUGGCUGGCCACCUGACCACACUCGAGUUGGAGAGCAGUUUUGUGUCCACCGAGGAGAGCAAGCAGAAGCUGGUUCCCAUCAUGACCAUCUUGCUGGAGGAGCUCAAUGCCUCUGGCCGGUGCACUCUGCCCAUUGAUGAGUCCAACACCAUCCACUUGAAGGUGAUUGAGCAGCGGCCGGACCCCCCUGUGGACCAGGAGAAUGACGUGCCUGUCUUUUCCAAAGACAAGGAAGACUUCUGUAACUCGCAGUGGGACCUCACCACACAACAGAUUCUGCCCUACAUAGACGGCUUCCGGCACGUCCAGAAGAUCUUGGCUGACGCGGACGUGGAGCUCAACCUGGUGCGCCUCGCCAUCCAGAACCUGCUGUACUAUGGCGUUGUGACACUGGUGUCCAUCCUGCAGUACUCCAAUGUGUACUGCCCGACGCCCAAGGUCCAGCACCUGGUAGAUGACAAGUCGCUGCAGGAGGCAUGUCUAUCCUAUGUGACCAAGCAAGGGCACAAGAAGACCAGCCUGCGGGAUGUGUUCCAGCUGUACUGCAGCCUGAGUCCUGGCACAACUGUGCGAUACCUCAUCGGCCGCCACCCCCAGCAGCUGCAGCGUGUCGAUGAACGGAAGCUGAUCCAGUUUGGGCUCAUGAAGAACCUCAUCUGGCGACUACAGAAGUAUCCUGUGCGAGUGUCUCGCGAUGAGCGAAGCCACCCGGCGUGGCUUUACACGGGUUGCCAUAGCUACGACGAGAUCUGCUGCAAGACAAGCAUGAGUUACCAUGAGUUGGAUGAGCGGCUGGAAAAUGACCCCAACAUCAUCAUCUGCUGGAAGUGAGGCUGCUGGUGGCUGC